AUGCUAUAUGCAAGAUCAACAAGUAGUAAAGCAAAAGAGAUUCUUUCUCAAUUACUUAUAUACAAAUAUUCUAAUGAAAAUGAUCAAUUAUUAUAUAAAAUCCUUUAUGAACUUGAAGACGUAGAAUCUGGUUGGAAUAAAGAACGU